UGUGAUGCAGAUAUUCUAGGAAACACAGUGUGUAGCAGCCACAGCCAUCCUCCACCUAUUGCCAUCAUGUCACUUCUGGCAAUGUUUCUGGUGUGUUUCCGUCCUUGCUCUCUAUGUGUCUCUAUAAACGAGCUGAACCCAAGAAUCCCACAUCAGGCACAGCAAGAGGCACCUGCAGCAGUCUAGCCUGACUCCUACAAUUUAUCUACUCCUACAAUUUAUCUCCACCCAACAGGAGCAUGAAGACCUCCACAGCUGCCCUUGCUGUACUUCUUGUGGCUGUCCUCUGCUAUCAGGUCUCCUCUUCUCCAAGGGGUGUCAACGUUCCUGGUUCCUGCUGCCUCCACUAUGCAACCAAAGCAGUUCCCGCCAGCCGUGUGGUGACAUAUGAGCACACGGGCAGCUCCUGCGACCUGCCAGCCGUGAUAUUUACCACAGGCCUAGGCAAGAGGGUCUGUGGCAACCCUGAUGAUAAGUGGGUCCAGGACAUCCUGAAUCACCGCGACAAUGCAGGCAGUGGAUAAGCAACACCCUGCUCCCUCCAAGCAUCACCUCUGCGAGGACCUACUCUCACGGGCACCUCUGAGACACAUCCCGGUUUUCUUAUUACUCGUAAAUUUGGCAGACUAUUUAAUACAGUGUUCAGCUCUUUUAUUUAAGUUUAUGCAAAGGCAAUUUUAAUUUAUUUGGCAUUUUCUGUGGAACUUUUCAUUCUAAUGUACUGACUGUGUUGAAGCUAUUUUUGUAUAAUAAAAUGGAGCAAAACCUCCA